UUAACCGUCAACCAUCGAUACGAUGAUGACCUUCUGUUGGGUGGGUGCUCCCUCUAUCGAGAGCUGAUAUCUCCACCGAUGUCUCUAGCAUUUCGCAAUUUUCCAAUCGGUGUGAAAACGGCCACACACGUCAUAUAAAACUGAUCGUUCAUUGAGUUUUUCCAAUCAAACUGUGUCGAUCGGUGCCGGAGUGACUUAGUGUGAACUUGCGCAGGUGUGAUCGCUAUCAACAGCAUCAUGAAGACUCUGAUAGCUCUAGUGUCUAUGCUGGCACUUACACGUGCUCAGCAGCAGCUGAUCGACCCGUACUUCAACGAGGGUCUUGUGCAGUACAACGAUUGGCAACCAAUCCCUGGACCAAAUGUGGCCCAUCCUUACGCUGUCCCGCAGUUCCUGCCCGCUCAGCAAUAUCCACUUCUUCAGCAAGUUCCCGCGGUACAACUGCCACAAGUUCCAGUGCCCUUCCCAGCACAGCUCCCGCUGCCAUACCUUCAACCAGGACAAUAUCCCUACCAGCUCCCACUUCCACCACAACCGCAACAACUUCUUCCAGGACUAGCCCUGCCUCCGUUCAACAUGGCUCAGCUACCUCCCCAGGUCCAGGUCGUACGCCAUGGACUUCCGCAUUCGGAUGCAGCUGCCGUUUCCUAUUCCUCACUAAACUAUAACAACAACAACAACAACGCCCAGCCAGCUACACUCCAAACGCCACCAGUAGUCGGUGUAAGCUCUGCACCCGCUACCGGCGUAAAUAGUGCUGCAGCCGUCCCCGUAGCGCCCAACGCAAAGGUAUCCGUAGUGAAGGACAUUGCCACGUUCGGCACGGAGUACGGUACCGGUGCGGACAAGACACCCGUCGCGAGGUACGAAGCCAUUAACGCCGGGUCGGUACAUGUUGCACCGCUACCGGGCCACACCGUCGACCAGAAGCUGAUCGCACCUGGUACCGCCGAUCAGAAGCUGUAGCAUGGUGGAAAGAUUUUUAGCGCUUUAUCGUACCCCGUAAAUCGGUUCAUGGUUCCAUCGUUAACGAAAUUAAUCUGCCUGAUCGGCUGUAACGAACGAAGCAAAACAAAAUGCAGUAACUCGUAAUAAAAAUUAACAGUAAGAUCAUGAUGGUUUGCUUGAAGAGUUUUAAUUUUGUUUCUUAAGAACGGUCGAAAAGUGUGUGUUAGAAACCCGUUUCGGAGCAUUGACUUAUGUUAUCUGCUCUAUAAAUCGAUCUCAUCAGCUAUACAAAAAGCCUCAUAGCUUCCAAAUU